AUGCUGUCUGGGGAGGAGAUCCUGUGCAGCACGCGGCAGGUUAUCGCGGGGCUGGAGGCCCUGCGCGGGGAGAACCGCACGCUGCUGGACACCCUGCAAGAGACGCUGCAGGGGCGCCCGACCGGAGAGUGUGGCAGCCUGGAGCAGGAGAAGACCAGCAUUAUCCUGCACUCUCUGGAGCAGAUCGAGCUGGGUCUGAGCGAGGCGCAGGUGAUGAUGGCACUGUCAGCUCACCUGGGCUCCCUGGAGGCUGAGAAGCAGAAGUUGCGGGCGCAGGUCAGGCGCCUGUGCCAAGAGAACCAGUGGCUACGGGACGAGUUAGCCCGUGCCCAGCAGAGGCUGCAGGACAGAGAGCAGGAGGUGGUGGCCCUGGAGGAGCAAAACCGACACCUGCAGUUCAUGAGCAGCAUCCGCAAGUACGACCAGGAGGAGACGCCCGUGGAAGACAAAGGCAGUGCCUCAAACAAGGAGUCGUUAGAUGAUCUCUUUCCAACUGAUGAAGAGGAGCAAUCACAAAUAUCUCAGCCCCACAGCAGUGCAGCAGCGGCUGCUCAACAAGGAGGUUACGAGAUCCCGGCCCGCCUGCGCACGCUUCACAACUUGGUGAUCCAGUACGCAUCUCAAGGCCGCUAUGAGGUGGCAGUACCCCUGUGUAAACAGGCCCUGGAGGAUCUGGAGAAGUCGUCUGGCCACAGCCACCCAGAUGUGGCCACAAUGCUCAAUAUCCUGGCAUUAGUCUAUCGGGACCAGAACAAGUAUAAAGAGGCUGCAAACCUGUUGAAUGACGCACUGGCCAUUCGUGAGAAGACACUGGGCAUGGACCACCCAGCGGUGGCAGCCACUCUGAACAACCUGGCUGUGCUCUAUGGGAAAAGAGGGAAAUAUAAGGAGGCUGAGCCCCUGUGUAAGAGAGCCCUGGAGAUCAGAGAGAAGGUGCUGGGUACGGACCAUCCGGAUGUGGCCAAGCAGUUGAACAAUCUGGCACUGCUUUGCCAGAACCAGGGCAAGUACCAGGAGGUGGAGCAGUACUACGAACGAGCCCUACACAUCUACCAGAGUCGACUGGGCCCUGACGAUGCCAACGUAGCCAAGACUAAGAACAAUCUAGCAUCGUGCUACCUAAAGCAAGGCAAAUACAGACAGGCUGAAGCACUGUACAAAGAGAUCCUAACCCGUGCCCAUGAGAAAGAGUUUGGAUCAGUGGAAGGAGAUGGAAGACCAGUUUGGAUUAACUCAGAUGAGGGUGGUUCUAGGCAGGACGGUUUGGGUAGUCUCAAACGAAGUGGAUCCUUCACUAAGCUGCGGGAGUCCAUACGGAGGAGCAGUGAGAAACUGGUGAGGAAGCUUAAAGGUGUGGGAGCCCCGGAAACAGCUCCCCGCAAUGCAGGGAUGAAAAGGGCCAAUUCCCUGAAUGUGCUUAAUGUUGGAGUAAUGGAAAAUCAAGAGUCUGCACAGGGCAUGAACAGGCUGACAGACACACAUCGACUCAGUUCCAGUACCCAGAGCUUGGCUCGACGCAGUUCCCUGAGCGGAGCCACUUAA